ACGUCGCCGGACCCCACCUCGACGUCGUUGCCCGCUCUGCUGGUCUAGCAUGACUCAGCGCCAGUCGGCACAACCGGCUCAAGCCAACCGGGUGCGUGUACACUCUGCGCCGCUAUCGGUUGCGGUCCGUGCGCGGCUCCGGCAAGGCUUCUGCAUUCCCUGCACCGCGGCUGACACACGCCGCGCAGAGCCCUGCAUAAUCCGCGAAAAGCCUGCGGUUUUGCGAGCAGCAUGAUCUUCGUCAUAGCUGGGUUCGAACGCAGGCGCUGUCGACGAUUCAAUCCCGGUGGAAAUACAGGGUCGAGCUGCCCGGCAGCGUAACUCAUUGCGCCGCCGACUUGCAUGGUCCGUGCGCGGUGGCGGGAACGCCGUUGCGUUCUAGGUGCAUCGCCGCUGACACGUAAAGCGUGCGGAACCCUAUAUAUGCGGGCGCGUGGCCCUGAGUUUCUCGCGAGGCAGCACUUGUCGUUCGAUCAUUCUCGCUUGCCUCUUGACUUCUUACCACCACCACUACCACAACUUCAACCAUGGGCGGGUGCUGCAACGAUUGCGCUAGCGAUUCCGACGCUCAGAGCGUAAAGAGCCAGAUUACGGACCCCGGGGUGGAUGUAAAGGAUGGCGCUGGGCCCGGAGAGACUGGAUGUUGCGAGGGGUCGACCUGUGGGUGCAACGAUGCAUGUUUUGAUCAGCUCGCCCGGGUUAUAUGCGCCGACGAUGACAACCACCUCCAUCUUCAAGCCCCAACGAACCUCGACGACGGCGCUACUCACAGCGGCGAGGCUUCCACGGCUUGCCAUGACAGCGACACUCAGUCGGUCACUUCGGAUUGCACUUGCUGCGAUAAGGAUGCGAUGGCCACGGAUUCUGCAAACAACGAGGAUAAAGCCGAGGCCGUUCCGACUUCCCCAGGGCCCGCCAAGACCUGCCAGCAAUCCGGCCUUCGCAAGAGAACUUCCGCGAAGCAUGCUACCUCGUCCGCCACCUAUCCCAAGGAGGCCUGUGGCGAGCAUCGCUCUAUUGCUCGCAGCCGCUAUAACGACACCCUCGCCGCGUUUGGAUGCGUCUGCAAGGCGCUGCUCGCUCGCGGCCUAAACUCAUGCUGCAGCACGCCCUUGAGCGGUAAGACCGCCGCCCGGUCCACCUCGAGCAGGCAGAGCACACGCCGCGCCCCUCGCGGCCGACCGUCGGCCGAGAGUUCCCGAAGGCCGUCUCUCGACUCAUGCUGCGGGAAGAGCGACUGUGGCAAGCCGGCCCUCAGUAUCCGCAGUCUGUCUUACCGUGGGCACGCUGACGUUCAGUCCUUGCAACCGGCGGCGGCGAGGUCUCGUGCUUCGGUUGACUCCUGCUGCCAAGACUCCUGCUGCGCUGGGGGGUCCGCCGAGGACGACAAGGAGAGCGUCCAUGACGAGAAGCGGGAGCAUGUCGCAAUCGAGAUGGCCGAGAAGUCUACAGGAACCACGGAGCAUGCUGUCCUGGCCAUCAAGGGUAUGACCUGCACUGGGUGUGAGAACAAGCUCAUUCGCACCCUGCGCGGAAUCACGACUAUCCGAAACGCUAAGACCAGCCUCGUCCUCUGUCGUGCCGAGUUCGACUUGGACACCAGCGCCGUAGACCUCUCUUCCAUCGUGCAGCUCAUCGAGAAACGGUCUGGGUUCUCGGCGGAGGUCGUCAAGGCCGGCUCUACGCGCGAGCUCCUGCUCACCGUCGCACGCCCCUUCCAGGAGAAGUUCUUGUGCGCGUCCCUGCCCAACGGCGUCGACGCCACUACCCUGUCUGACAAAGACACCGUCGUCGUGCUCUAUGACCCGCGCAUCAUUGGCGCACGCGAUGUCCUGGAGGCGUACGAAUCUUUCACGCCCACCCUCGCGCCAGAGCCGCUGGACCCCUCGAUCACUGCGGGAGCGAAACACAUCCGCUCACUGCUCCUCCGUACCGCGCUUUCUGCCGCCCUCACCAUCCCGGUCCUUGUGAUGACCUGGGCGCCGCUCCCUCCGCACCCGCGCGCGUACGCCAUCGCGUCGCUCAUCCUGGCUACAAUUGUGCAGACCGUGAUCACCGGCCCAUUCUACCUCAGCUCGUUCAAGAGCCUGAUGUUUUCGCACUUGGUCGAGACGGAGCUGCUGAUCGUCCUGAGCACGACCACGGCGUAUGUUUAUUCCGUCGUCGCGUUCGCAUUCGACAUGCUUGGGCGCCCGCUUUCGACUGGGCAGUUCUUCGAAACUAGCACGCUCCUCGUCACGCUCAUCAUGGUCGGCCAGGUAGUCAGCGCCAUCGCCCGCCAGCGCGCUAUCGAAGCCAUCUCCAUCCGUUCCCUGCAGGAGCGUAACGCGCGGAUCGUCCUUCCGGAUGGCACCGAGCAGGACGUCGACGUUCGGCUUCUCCACUACGACGACCAGUUCAAAGUCCUCCCCGACUCGGCUAUCAUCACAGACGGGGUGGUCGUAUCCGGUACAAGCACUGUCGACGAGUCCAUGAUGACGGGCGAGUCCCGUCCGGUCGAGAAGGCCCCCGGGAGCGCUACCAUCGCAGGCACUCUCAACGGACCUAGCACGCUCAUCGUGAAGGCAACCCGCCUCCCCGGGGAGAACACGAUCAGCGACAUCGCAGGCAUGGUCGACCACGCGCGCUUUUCCCGCGCCCACGUGCAAGAGGCCGUCGACAUCAUCUGCGGGUGGUUCGUCCCUGUGGUGCUCCUGCUCGCCACGAUCACCUUCGUCGUCUGGCUCGCGGUCGGCAUCGCGGUGCGCGGCCAGUCCGCGGGCGUAGCCGCCGUCGCCGCGCUCACCUACGCGAUCUCGGUGCUCGCGAUCUCGUGCCCGUGCGCGAUCGGGCUCGCGGUGCCGAUGGUCAUCCUCAUCGCAGGCGGGGUCGGCGCGAAGCUCGGGCUCGUGUUCAAGGCGGCGACCACGAUCGAGCAGGCGCGCAAGGUCACGCACGUCGUGCUCGACAAGACUGGGACGGUCACCCAGGGGCGGCUGUCCGUCACCAGCCGCUUCAUGGAGGAAUCCUCCGUGUUCAACGUGGCUGCCGUUGUGGCUGCGCUCGUUUCGUCCAGUCGCCACCCAGUCGCCCGUGCAGUCGCUGCUGACUUGGAAGCCGCCUCAGUUGACACCGCACUCGUCGAGAACGUAGAGAUGGUCGUCGGGAAGGGCGUGCAGGCCACUCUCCUUGGCCAAACGUUGCGCGGUGGAAGCGCUGCUUGGCUGGCGUUGGAGUCGCACUCCGCCAUCCAGCCGCUGCUUGCCCAAGGCCUCACCACCUUCUGCGUCGUCCACGGCAGCCGCCUCAUCGCCGCAUUUGGCCUCUCCGACACUCUUCGCCCCGAAGCGCUUUCAGUCGUACAUGCCCUCACCGCGCGCAAGAUUCGCGUCUCCAUUCUCAGCGGCGACCACCCCGCCGCGGUGUUCAGCACUGCGGCCGCCCUCGGUAUCCCCACCGAACUCGUACGCGCGGGCUGUCUGCCCGCAGACAAGCAGGCGUACCUCCAGGAGCUCGCCGCGCAGGGCGAGACUGCCCUCUUCUGCGGCGACGGCACCAACGACGCCAUCGCGCUCGCGCAGGCCGCAGUCGGGGUGCACCUGCACACGGGCGACGGCGCGGGCGUGGCCGCAGCGAGCGCGGCGGACGUGGUGCUCACGCACCCGUCGCUCGUGGGCAUCCUGACGCUGCUCGAGCUGAGCGACGCGGUGACGCGCCGGAUCGCGCUCAACUUCGCGUGGUCGGCCGUGUACAACUUCGUCGCGGUGCUGUUCGCGGCGGGGGCGUUCGUGCAUGCGCGCAUCCCGCCCGCGUAUGCGGGGCUGGGCGAGCUCGUGAGCGUGCUGCCGGUCGUGCUCGUUGCGGUGCAGCUGAAGUGGUUCAAGCCGUCUGUGCGGGUCUGAUCGUGCCCUUUGCUCCUAGAUGCGUGGCUGUGUGUUGUGUCCCAAACGUUUCUCCUUCUCUAUUCGAUGUCAUGAUGUCCCGAUAUGUUGCCGUGUCUAUCGAGUGUAGUGUUGGUGCGACUAGAGCCGCCUCGAAGUGACCUGUGUCUCGGGCUGCCGUCUAUGUCACAUGUAUGUAUUCUCCUUACGUCUCUCACGUCUCUCACGACCCC